CGUCAUCAGCAUGAUUUGCGUCGCUACCACUUCAUCUACUGAAGACAGCAUACAGGUCUGUUUUAGUAAUGGUCUUUCUACACAGGCAAAGUUUUGCCAAAUGAGUGUCACAAACAUGGCAAAGACUUUGAAAAAAACGGAGAACAGCCUGACCGAUGUUUUGUCAGUGAUGGCGAUCGUUAAUGACGACAUGAUCUAUUCAUUUCCGUCAUCAGAGGAAGAACUCCUUCCUUCUCAAUCUUACACACAAUCGAGGCAAAAACGUAGCAGUUCUGGAUCUAGCAGCGACGGAACUCCACCAGAACGUAAGAGACGAAACAAGACUUCUGAACAUUCGGCGGAGAAUUCAGAUGCAGCAAUUGAACAAAAAUGUCAAGGCAUUUCUGAAAUCUCCCUCAAAAAACUUGUGGAGCCCGAGAAGGAUCUCCAGAGACCACGUACCAGGAAGGAAGUGAUGGAGGCCAAACAGUUCGUGAUGAAGGCAGCAACCCACUUCCAGAGCUCCCAUGUCCUUCCAGUCCUCGCAGUAGAUGGCCCUUCUGGAACAGCUUACCAGCUCCUAGGAGGGGUGUGCUAUGCUCUUGCAGCUAAGGAUCUUGUUGACGAUGAAAGGUAUUUUAUUCUAUAAAAGUUACCCGUUUUUGCAAUUGCUUUUUAAUGUUAUUUUUGUUUCUUUUUGUAGU